AAUGAGCUAAUAAAUAGACGCGAUAGCCAAAUUCAUUUCAACCGAGAGAGCAGCCUUGUUGCGUUAUCUUCGGUUGGCAUGUGCAGCGCAAAUUAGCUUAGCAAAUUAGCCGCAUUUAGCAUCUUCCGUGCCCACCGGGCCCAAAUCCAGCCGGUGAAAAAACAGUAGUACAUCACUUUAAAUACUGGGAUUGCUCUCAAUCCUGCGCAAGCUGAAGAGCACACCUGACCAGGAGGUCCGAAUACUGCUGUUGGGGUUGGACAACGGUGGAAAAACCACUUUGCUUAAGCAGUUGGCGUCCGAGGACAUCAGCCACAUCACUCCCACUCAAGGCUUCAACAUCAAGAGCGUCCAGUCGCAAGGUUUCAAGCUCAACGUUUGGGACAUCGGCGGCCAGAGGAAGAUCAGGCCUUACUGGAGGAACUACUUUGAAAACACCGACAUGCUCAUUUAUGUCAUCGACAGCGCUGACAGGAAGAGAUUUGAGGAGACGGGUCAGGAGCUGGCCGAGCUACUGGACGAAGAGAAACUGAGCGGCGUCCCCGUGCUCAUCUUCGCCAACAAGCAGGACCUGCUGACGGCGGCGCCGGCCUCCGAGAUCGCCGAGGGCCUCAACUUGCACACCAUCCGCGACCGCAUCUGGCAAAUCCAGUCGUGUUCCGCCCUCACCGGCGAGGGAAUCCAGGAAGGAAUGAACUGGGUGUGCAAGAGCGUCAACUCCAAGAAAAAGUAGCUUGGCUUUUCCAUCGUCUUCUCCUCAGGAGGACAACAAAAAGCCUCCUGAGCCUUAAACAUGCCGGGAAACUUUUGAAUGUACACCCACACAACUAAUCCAACAUGGAGUUUUUAAACCUAACUGCUGCAUUCCUAUAUCAACAACCUUCUUACUGUUCAUUCAGCUUUAAUGUUUUUAGACAUGUACUCACUGACUGCUAUUGACGGCAAUAGACGUCCAAAUGGAUUGGACGUCCUUCACCGCUAAAGGCACUGAAACAUGUUCAUUCAAUGCUAGCCAGCCCAGUUUGAAUAUAUUUGACAUCUGUCGCUGUCAAUGGCCGUGAAUGAGUAAACCACACUAGCAUUCCCAUUGAACCAGUCUUUCCAAAGGAAUAUUGAAUUUCCUGACUCAAUAUCAUUCUAAUUUUUCCUUUUAUUUAUGCCUAAAUGGAGUAGUGUGCUUUCAAACUGAACAAAAAAAAAAACCAAUACUGUACAUGUUAUAUAUAUAUGAACAAGAAAUGCUUUUAAAAACUACUGUAAAUAGCGUAAGACCGUGUUUGUGUUUUGUGCGCAUUACUCUUCGAUUUUGUAGUUCUUGUAUCGACAAGAUUUUUUUUUUUUUUUUUUUUGUCACGCUUCCGCCAGUUUUACGGUUUAGAGUCCUUUUGAUAUUCUCGAAUGUGAUCUGUGCAGAAGUAAAGGUACUGUAUGUGAAUAAAAUCUGAAUGAGUUGAAG